UCUGAUACUAUGCCUGAGUGGAUUAUUAGUGUUCACUACUUCACUCUCACUACUAAGGUCCACUCUGAGUUUCACAUUCAACAUGAUUUUCCAGUUCAGUGUUAUGGAUCGUCUCAUCGCUGGAUUUAAGAGACCUUAGUGUUCCAGAAGGGGAGAAGAUGUGCUAAAAUGGACGUUGGGCCUUUUGGGGGAAGGACAGCGUUUGAGGGAUAGUGGAUUGUGGGAUCUGCUGGAGGAGGCAUCUUGCAAUGCUCCGGCAGCUUUACCAGCUUCAGAGUUCACUGCAUGAGUGGGCAUCAACCUAUCUGACAACCCCAGUCCUCACAGAAGAUAAGUUCCCCUCCCCUCCCCAUGGAGCCUGGCUGCUGUGGUUCCUGCUGGCAUCCCUAAGUCUGCCCUGUGUGGCACGAUCUUCUUCUACUGCGUUCAAGGUAGGGGUGGUAGGACCGUGGAAAUGUGACCCUCUGUUUGCUAAGGCACUGCCCCAGACAGCAGCGCAGCUAGCUGUGGAGAGGAUCAACAAUGACCCCUCACUGUCCCUGGGCACCACCUUUGAGUAUGUCAUCAUUGACGAGGACUGCCAGACAUCCAUGGCACUCAAGGGUUUCCUAGGUCACUACGCACAGGCUAAUGCCUUCCUGGGCCCUGUCAACCCUGGCUACUGUGAUGCAGCGUCUUUACUGGCCAACAACUGGAACAAGGCCCUGUUCUCUUGGACCUGUGUGAACUAUGAGCUGGACGACCGAAGUAGGCACCUUACCUUCGCCCGCACGGUGCCCUCGCCCACCUGGGUGCUGCUCAGCCUGGUGAGACACUUCCGCUGGGCACACAUAGGGAUCAUCUCCUCGGCUGAGGAUGUGUGGGUGGACACAGGCAGCAAGGUCGCUGACGCCCUGCGGAGCUACGGCCUCCCCGUCACCACUGUGGUCUCCACAGACAAGGACCCUGCCAGCAUACGACUGGCUCUGACUAGGGUCAAGAGGGCAGAAAACAUCCGCAUGGUGAUCCUCUGCAUGCACUCUGUGCUGAUUGGAGGGCACACCCAGAGGUUGCUGUUGGAGACGGCUCUGGACAUGCACCUGACGGACGGUUCCCUGGUGUUCAUCCCCUACGACACCCUGGUCUACAGCCUGCCCUACAGGGACGUCCGCUACCCCGCCCUCAUCAACAACGGCAAGCUGCGGAGAGCUUACGACGCUGUCCUGACCGUCACCAUGGACUCAGAGGAGAACUCCUUCUACAAGGCCUACCAGAAGGCUGUGAAUGUUGGGGCGGUGCCCAGACACAUCAAGCUCCACCAAAUUUCUCCUCUGUUUGGUACCAUCUACAGCUCAAUCCUCUUCAUGGCUAACGCUCUGCAGAAUGUGCGUGAUGCUGGGGAGUGGAGGUCUGGAGCCAACCUGGUGCGCCACUCCAGGAACAUGGCUUUCUAUGGUUUCAGCCAGCGUGUCCGCACCAAUGGCUCCGGGGCCAGCCUGUUGGAGUAUGUGGUGCUGGACACAGAUGGGCAGUCCUGGCCUCUGCUGCCCACCCACUGUGUGGACCUGGAGGCUGGGAUGGUCAGGUCUCUGGGCCGCAGCAUCCACUUCCCAGGUGGGGUCCAGCCCAGCCCAGACUCCAGCUGCUGGUUCAUUCCAGGCACCUUAUGUACAGGAGGAGGAGUGGAUCCAUUCCAUCUUAUCAUAAUCUUCCUGUGCAUCCUUUCGACCAUUCUCUUCUCAAUUGGACUCUAUUACUGUAUAAGGAGGCGUAUCAACCAGAUUCGUCUAGUCAGAGGUCCUGACAAGAUCAUGCUAACCCUGGCAGACGUGAUCUUCAUCAACCCCUCACUCAGUAAUAAGAAGCUAAGUUUAGAUGAGAGCAAAGCGGGUGAUAUGAGUAGGAAACCCUCAGGUACGGAUCGCCAGAGCCUCUCUACGCCCUUCUCUGACUCCACCGUCACCCCGGCAACCUAUGAAAACUCCAACAUAGCCAUCUUUGAGGGAGACUGGGCUUGGAUGAAAAGACUCCCGUCUGGAAACUUUAAAGCCAUAACUCCCCAGACAAGUGACGUCUUUGAGUUGAUGAAGGACAUACGCCACGAGAACGUCAACCUCUUCCUGGGGUUUUUCCUUGACUGUGGUGUUUUUGGCAUCGUGACAGAGUAUUGCUCACGUAGCAGCUUGCAGGACUUGCUAAGCAAUACUGACGUUAAGCUUGACUGGAUGUUCAAGACCUCCCUGUUAUUAGACCUUAUCAAGGGCAUGAAGUACCUCCACCACCGAGGUGUUUGUCAUGGACGACUCAAGUCUCGGAACUGCGUAGUGGACGGCCGCUUUGUGCUCAAGCUCACAGACUACGGCUACAAUGAGAUUUUGAUGGCACAAAGGUUCCCAUACGAAGAUCCUUCCGCAGAAGAGCUGCUGUGGACGGCCCCUGAGAUCCUGCGGGGCUCUCACCCAGGGCUGUGCGGCACCCAGCUGGGGGACGUCUACAGCUUCGCCAUCAUCAUGCAGGAGGUGGUGCUGCGGGGACCUCCCUUCUGUAUGCUGGACCUGUCUGCUGAAGAUGUCAUUCAGAAGGUGAGGAAUCCUCCACCACUGUGCCGCCCUGUGGUGUCACCAGACCACGCCCCCCUGGAGUGUAUCCAGCUGAUGAAACAGUGCUGGAACGAACAGGCAGAUAGGCGUCCGUACUUCAAUGACAUCUUUGACCAGUUUAAGAACAUCAACAAGGGGAGGAAGACCAACAUCAUAGACUCCAUGUUGAGGAUGCUGGAGCAGUACUCCUCUAACCUGGAGGAGCUGAUCAGAGAGAGGACCGAGGAGCUGGAGAUAGAGAAACAGAAGACGGAGAAACUACUCACUCAGAUGCUGCCUCCAUCUGUUGCAGACGUCCUGAAGGUUGGCGGUACUGUGGAACCGGAGCAUUUUGAAAAUGUAACACUUUACUUCAGCGACAUAGUAGGUUUUACCACAAUCUCUGCCAACAGCGAGCCUAUUGAAGUGGUAGACCUCCUCAAUGACCUCUAUACCCUAUUUGACGCCAUCAUUGGCAAUCACGAUGUAUACAAGGUGGAGACAAUAGGAGAUGCAUACAUGGUGGCGUCCGGCCUACCUGUUCCCAAUGGCAACCGUCAUGCUGCAGAGAUAUCCAGCAUGGCUCUGGACAUCCUGAGUUCUGUUGGCACCUUCAAGAUGAGACACAUGCCAGAUGUGCCUGUCCGCAUACGCAUUGGACUGCACUCAGGCCCGUGUGUUGCUGGGGUGGUAGGCCUCACCAUGCCCAGGUACUGUCUGUUUGGUGACACAGUCAACACUGCCUCCAGGAUGGAAUCCACAGGAAUGCCAUACCGAAUCCAUUUGAGCCAUAGCACAGCAAAGAUCCUGGUGGAUCUGAGAGAAGGCUACCAGGUUCAACUUCGUGGAAAGACAGAGCUCAAGGGGAAAGGCAUGGAGGAGACCUACUGGCUGGUUGGAAGAGACAGUUUCACCAAACCCCUGCCUGUGCCACCUGAGCUCAAGUCAGGAACGAAGACAGCGAAGGACUUAAAGCAUCUCCUGCAGAAAGCGGUGAGGAGGCUCUUGACUGUGCGGACAGUGACUCUGACUCUGGCAGCAGGUUUGGAUGAGGAGGACAAUGUGAUGAUGCAUCAUCACUGAAAUGGUUAUUUGCAAGAAAUCCCUCUAGUGGAUGAGGAGGAAACAUCAAGUGAAACCUGGUGAAACCUGGAUACCCUCUCUGAAACCUGAUGAAACCUGGAUACCCUCUCUGCACUUGUGUUUGCCAUUUUGACACUCAAUGACUUUUUUUUCCAACCAUGGCUCGAUACUCUUCCUAUAGAAAUGGGAGUUUGAAAAGUCACUGCCACAGACCAUAGCAUAUUUUGCUUGAGCAGGAAAAGGGACAACGUUUUAGGUAAAGCUAUGAGCUGCUACUAAUCAAUGGACGUUUUUAGAAAUAGACAAUGCCUAAUUAGGACAUGGUGAGUUGGCAUUACUGUACACCAUACAGUUGGCAUCAGUGGACAUAAUAUUACAGUACAAUAUACUGGAGAGGUUAUUCUGCAAUCUUCAUAAGAAGCCCUUCGGAGAGGAAUUUGUCUCUGGGGAAGGAGCUAUAAAUAGCAUAUGGGAUUUCGUCACUGAGUCGUAGAGGGAUCGCAUUUCUCACCUGUCCCUCACCACAGUUGUCCCUUUCUUGAAGCAGACAGCAAGUAGAAGAUUAGUCACUGGUAUAGGAUGAAGAAAACACUCUCUACAGUGGUUCUCAGUGAAAAGAAAAAUAGUGUUUUGACCCAGUUGCGUUGGUGCAUGAUGUAGCCUACAAUCUAUUAUUCAUCUCGGGAGCAUGUGUUCUUCUCCUGUGCUCAAAUAAACAAACGAACAUGGGGCAAGUAUGUAAUAACAUACAAGAGUUAUAUAAGGGUUGUCAUGUAUAUAGUAUUUAUUUACCUGUAAAUAUGAUAGUGUAUUGCAACGUGAAACUGAAUCUAUGUUCAGAGGGGCGGCAGGUAGCGUAGUGGGUAUGAGCGUUGUGCCAGUAACCGAAAGGUUGCUGGUUCUAAUCCCUGA